AUGGAUGAAAAAGGCCUCUCUUUGCUAGGGUACCAUCUAUGCAACUAUAGCCUGACCAAGAAUGUGUUUAAAAUGGUUGCCUACCAAAAGUCCUAUGAGAAAAGCACUUCCUGUGGAGGAUGGAUACCAUGGACGGUGUGUCCCCGGACAUACUAUAAAACUCAGUAUCAUACAGUUGAAGUCCCUGAAACCAUCACUCUUACAGAUUGCUGUGAAGGGUAUGAGCAAGUUGGACUCUACUGCUCUUUAGCACUCAAUAGAUCCAGUGUAUUUGCCUCAAGACCUGGUAUUUGUCCAAUGGAGAAUAUGGAAACAUCUGAUUAUCGUUGUACAUUUGAUACUGAAUGUCCAGGGCUUAAAAAAUGCUGCAACUCAUCCAAAGGAGGAGGCUGUGUGGAUCCAGUGCCAGAGGGAAGAACAUUCUGGUACAAUGUGACAGUGCUUGUGAAAAUGGAUUUUAACGAAUUAAUCAGAGUGGAUUCCCACCUUCUGAAUCAUUCACGUCUCUUGCACUCCAUGAUUACUGGUGCAUUACAGCCCUUGAAUGCCUCUGUGCACCAUAUCCAGAGUAACCCUGCAGAAGUAUAUGCUGGGACAGUGGCCUCUCAGGUUCUCAUUGGGAUGCACGAGCCAGCUCCAUUGGCAGAGGUUUCUUCUUCCUUGAAGGACAUUGUGAAGCGCACGUAUGAAGUGAUUGACACACAAGUGCAAGAUGUCAACGAAUGUUCCUAUGCUGAAUUCAACACGUGUCCUGAGAAAAACACUUGCAUAAAUCUGGAGGGUUAUUACAGCUGCGACCCUCAUCAUGAACAUGCAGAUGUCAACCCUCACCAGCUGAGAACACAAAAGGAAGGCCUGGCAACAUCUGCUCCAAGUUCAGAGUUGGAUCUCAUUAACAUUAGCAAUAGCUCUGUGUCUAUAAGUAAUUCAAGCCUCUUCCCCAUGACUAACCAAUCUACAGAUGCUGGGUGCCGCCCCUCCGCAGUGAGAAGCCACCGAAUCUUCAGCGUUACCAGCAACAGUUUUGAAAUGUCCUGGCGUGUCACUUCUACUCUAAACCACACUUUCCAAGUCCAAGUGUUCAAGGGCAAAGAGAUUGUACAAAACCUGAAGACAGAGGAAAUGAAUAUGGAGGUUUUUGGACUGGAAGCAGGUGUAAUGUAUUCAGUAGAGAUCAGCUAUGAAACCUGUGGAAAAACCAUACUCUCCCAUAAAAAUGUUAAAACAGAUGCCAAAAUAUUUGGUGUUACUAUGAGGAUUCUCAACUACAAUUUCACUGAUGAUUUCCACAAUGCCAGUAGUUCAGCAUAUGAAGAAUUUUCAAGACUGCUGCUUACUGAGCUUGAAAAGUCAUUUCCACCCAAUAUUUCUGCUCUAUAUAAAUCUGGGAAGAUGAAAGUGCAGACUGAAUCCCUGCAAGCUGGGAGCAUCAUUGUGAGGCUCAGGAUUACUGUGCAGGACCCUGAGUUUUCAGUCGAUGCCUUCACAUUUGCCCCAGUGCUUUCUUACCUGUACAAUGGCUCUGCACUUCUGGUGGAUCAGCAAAACACUGUUGUAGAAGACUGGGAUGAAUGUGCUUCUCUUGCUGAGAAUGACUGCUCUGUGCUUGCAGAGUGUGUCAAUCUGAUGGGCUCAUACCUCUGCAGAUGCAAGACAACCAUGGAUACCAAUCCAUCCCGACCUGGAAGGAACUGUGAGGGUGAGAUUGUGGACCCUCUCGCUGAGACGAUGGCUCCUGAAAUAGCAUACAGCACAGAGUUUGCAGCUGAAGAAGUAAGCCCUGCAGACCUUGCUCCCCCUGCCACCAUGAAUACAGAGAUGUCUGUAGGGUCCAAGAUGAGUACUGCUGUGCACUUCCCUGCUACCCUGCCCCUGGGUGACAAGCAAGCACCCCAUGGUCAUUCUGCCACCAGCGCUUCUCCUGCACCUUGGAAAGAAGUCCUGGCACCAGGGAUGGGCUUCAACGGAGACAACACUUCCACAGCCACAGGGAUCACAGCCAGUGAGAAAGCAGAGAUGAGCACAGAGCACUGGCCAGCUGCAAGUCCAUCACAGCAAAGUUGUGUGACAGAGGCUUCCCCUGGUGAAGGAACUGAGCUCACAAAUGUGCCCACAGGCACAGUCGAGCAAGAGAAACUCAGUUCACCAUUGCUGGUGCUUCCAAAUCAAACAGUCUCUGCUCCCACCUCUUCUGGUGUGCCUCAAGCCAGCUCUCAAGGUUGCUCUGGUACAGCUCUGCCUGCCACUAGGGAUGCUCCUGUUCCCACCCUCAAUGCUACUCUGGGAACACAUGCAGAGAUGGGAACAGAGAACACCUCUUGGUCUGAGAAAUACAACGAAACCGAGGGGUCACCAGCUUUGCCAGGCACCUCUCCAGCUCCCAGCACAACACUGGGUCCAGCUAUGGAGCAAGCUGUCCAGAAACUUCAUGGCACAGUGCGGAUAACAAAUGUGAAAUACUCUCCAGGCUUUAGCAAUACAAGCAGUGAGAAAUACCAAACCUUUGCACAGCUCUUUGUUGAUGAAGUACAUAAAUCUCUGCCCCUUGAGGUUGUUCAGCAGAUGGAUGCUGGUCUGAUCAAAGUGUUGAUAACGGGUAUAACUAAUGGGAGCACAGUGGUAAGUUUCAAUUUACUGAUUGCAGAAGAUGUGGAUAUCUACUACAUAAUCACCACUUUUCGUGAUGCCUUUGAACACAGCUCCUAUUUCACGGUUGACAAGAGCAGUCUCUCCAUAAGUGAUUAUGAUGAGUGCAAAAGUGAAGAUGAUGACUGCUCCCCAGAUGCAUCGUGCCAUAACACACUUGGGUUUUACCAGUGCAGCUGCAAUGAAGGAUUCACUGAUGCGCAUCCAGAAAGGCCUGGAAGAAGCUGUGAAGCAUUUCCCAUCAGCCUGAAGACAACAGUGAUGGAUAAGAAACCUGUACACAACGCAGUUAUACCUGCAAUGUCUUUGCAAACCUCAGCUCCUGUUUCUUCUCUGAUUUCAUUAAAUUUCUCUGCUACUGAGAAUCAAUCUCUGGAGGACACCAUGUCCUCCACCAUGGUGCUGCCUCCUCUCCGCAAGGAUUCUGUGUCUACUCCCGACGUUUCUCCUCGAGCAUCUCCUGCACCUCUCAUUCAACCUGCCCAGGAAGUUUCCAUUAAAGAUGCAGUGACAGUGUUUUGUGAAAUUGAGAAGAUCAUCCUUGCUGUCCAGAAGACUUUUCUACAUCAGGAAUCUAUUCCUGAAAGCUCCCUGUACCUGGGGGAGCCUCACUGCAACGUGAGCACCAGCAAUGGCACUUACGUUGUGCUGCAGGCAGGGUGGAGUGACUGUGGCACUGAAGUUGAGACCAACAUGACUAAUACUGUAGUGAAAAACAUCCUUCGAAACAAGGUUUCUGCUCAGGGAGUAAUCCACCACUUAAAAGUUGCCAGUCCCAUUCACUGUGUGUUUCAAAACGAUCUCUUGACUUCCUCUGGAUACACUGCAGAAGGGCUGUACACCAUCUUUGAGGAUUUGCAUGGAUCUGGACACUUCAGAACAGAAAUGCAGCUGUUCAUUGGAAACUCCCCAAUACCAAAAAAUUUCAGUGUCUCUGCCAGUGAUGAUAUUCUGAUUGAAGUGGGGAUACAGAGAGCAAACAGCAAGCUCAAGGUGGUCCUCACUGACUGCUGGGCAACUCCAACUAAUAAUUCAGUGGAUCCCCUCUCAUUUGCUUUUAUAAGCAACAGCUGCCCCAUCCCAAAUACAUAUACCACACUGCUGGAGAAUGGUAACUCAAGCAAAGCACAGUUUAAGAUGAAAAUUUUUUCCUUUGUCAACAAUUCUGUGGUUUACUUACACUGCAAAAUUCGUAUCUGCAUGGAGACACCAGGAAGCACCUGCAGGACGAGAUGCCAUGCGGUUCGAUCCCUGAAGAUGGGUGAAACCAUUGCUGCCCACAGAACAUCCUGGGGACCUCUGUGUAAAUCAGCUGUGUCUGAUCUGAAGAGAGACAAUGAAGCUGGGAUGGGAGUUGGAUACAUCAUUCUCAUUGCCUUUGCUGUCUGUAGUUUUGUGCUGGGAGCUGUGAGCCUUCUCAUUUUCCAGUACCAGCAAAAGACAGGAAGAUACAACUUCAGAUUCAAGUCUGACAACUUCAGCUAUCAAGUGUUCUAUGAUUAGCAGUUUCCAGUUGGAUCAUGUCUCAUCUCCUGGAGAACUGAAGCCUGCCAUCAUUCAGCAUUUCAUUAC